AUGGGGGAGCGGGGGUUCAGGCGGCCGAUGUAUAUAGCUUUUCCUUGCCCACCGGUGGAGUCAUCGCCGGCAGUGGCUGUGGUGUUGCCUGGCUUCUUCGUCGUGGAGGAGUUGAGGCGUGGAUGCUUUGUCUGCGUUAGCGUCUAUGAUGUGGAGGAGCUAAGGUAUGUCUUCCCUAGCAACGAUUGCUUGGUGGAGGUGUCGUUGCUGUUGGGGAAUAAUACCCUCCGGCUAGGGUUCCACUUCACCGGCGAGCGCUUCAUUGCUGGUGACGAGUGUGUGAGGCCAGAAUCUUCUAGAUCUGGAAGAUUAGCCGGUGUUUUGCUUUCUCUGGAUCUCGUGGGUUCCGGUGUAGGAGUCCGCUGCUUGGUGCCUCGGUCAGGAAUGGUGGAGGUGCUGGCAGCUCGAUGCAGAGAGAUGGCUGGUGGGUUUGUGGUCUUCUGGUGGAUGGAUAUGUGCUUUGGUGUCGUUGAUUGUGGGCGACGUGCAUUGGUCCUUGGUCAGGGGAGCAUGGGGUGCGUCCUCGGCCGAUGUUCCUUCAUGGAUGUGUUCUACUGUGGCUCGAGUCAAAGCCUUGGUGCGAUGGUGCUUCCUCUGGCCGUGAUGUUGCCGUUCUCUCCCAACUCCGGCGGUGGCUUCGGUGACGACGGAGGUGGACGACGAGCGGUGUCGACAUGUGGAGCUGAUCCAAAUGCGACCGCCAGGGUGCUUCUUCGUUCGCUCAAGCCAUCCCUGCAUGCCAACGUCGACUGCACGGCGCUCUUCGCCGCAAUCGCCGGCGUCAAGAGGGACACGAAGGUGCGGCUGGGCGCGUGGUCAUGGGACACAGCCACCGGCGAGGAGCUCCGCGUGGGCGCCGGGCUCGCCGAACCCUAUGACGCCGUCUGGUGCGCCGUGGAGUACUACGAGGCCACGGGCUCCAUCCUGUGCAUGCUCUUCCAGAACGGGUACACGGUGAGCGGUGCGCACCUCGGCCGGACGCUCGUCCACCACGCCAUCCUCAGCGGCAGCGCCGGCGCCGUACAUACCUUGCUGGUGUCUGGCGCGGACUCCGAGGCUCCCGUGAAGACCUCCAGGAGCAGCAGGUCCAGGGCGGUUCACCUGGCCGCGCGGCUCGGCCAGCCGGAGAUCCUGCAGACUUUGCUUGACAAGGGCUGCGACAUGAACAUAAGGGCGGACGCCGGCGACAGUGCGGCCAUCCUCUGUUCGCGCCACAAACGAGAGGACUGCCUGAGAGUUCUCGUGACCGCCGGAGCUGAUGUCGCGCUGUUGAACUCGGCAGGCGAGUCCCCGGCUUCUGUCGCUUCUUCAGGUGGAUGGAACAGCGGCUUCGAACGUGCUGUUCUUGGUGCGAUUCGGUCCGGGACCAUCCCAAGUUCGAGCGAUCGGAACAUGUUCUCGCCACUGACGUUCGCCGCGCGGUGUGGUGACGCGGCGGCCAUGGAAGUGCUGCUCGCUCAGCCGGGCGUGGAUGUGGAUGAGCAGGACUUGGACGGGUGCUCGCCCAUAAUGGCUGCCGCCAAGGUGGGCAACGUCGAGGCCUUCCGUGCCCUCGUAUUCGCCGGCGCCAACGUGAAGCUGAGCAACAAGCGCGGUGAGACGGCCAUUGGGCUGGCGCAGCAGAGCAAGAAGAGGGACUUCUUCGAGCAGGUCAUGCUCGAGUUCGCGCAGGAGAAGGGCAUGCCAGAGGGAUUCUACGCGCUGCACUGCGCGUCCCGACGCGGCGACACAGCGGCGGUGCGGCACCUGGCGAGCACGGGCUGCGACGCCAACAUCCCCGACGGCGACGGGCACACCCCGCUGAUGCUUGCGGCCAGGGAAGGCCACGCGGGCGUGUGCGAGCUCCUCAUCUCCUACGGCGCCCGCUGCGACCUCCAGACGCCUCGCGGCGAGACGACGCUCUCCCUGGCGCGGGCGGCGCUGGCCACGGUGGCGUUCAACAUGGCCGAGGAUGUGAUCAUGGAUGAGCUGGGCCGGCAGGCGGUCCUCCAGGGCGCGCGCGUCCGGAAGCACACCAAGGGCGGGCGCGGGAGGCCCCACGGCAAGCCGCUGCGGAUGGUGGCCGCGGCGGGCGUGCUGCGGUGGGGCGGGUCGAGCCGGCGUAACGUGAUCUGCAGGGAGGCCGAGGUCGGGGGCAGCUCGGCGUUCCAGCGACACAGGCAGAGGAAGGGCGACGCGUACGAGCAUGGGCUGUUCCGCGUCGUGACGGCGACGGGGAGGAGAUUCUUCUGGGGGGGCUGUACAUGCCGGCUUUUCUGUGCAUUGCUUGCGUUGCCGUGA